GUCAAAAUUGUUUUCGUACAACUAAUGAUCGAUCCAACAUGAAGCAUCAUCUGUUGAAAAAACAUUCUUGUGUUACAUGUGUUAAAAUUGAAGCUUAUUCACCACCUCCAAGUGCUGAGCAAAAACUUUCUUGUGAUAGAUGCCAAUUUGAGACAACAGAUCGUUCUGAACUGGUUGAUCAUCUCUUGCAGCAUUCAGGCCAAUUAUCUUGCCAUCUCUGCAAUAAAUCAUUUAGCCAGAAGUAUUAUUUAAAAACUCAUAUGCGUGUGCACACUGGAGAAAAACCAUUUGCAUGCUCUCUGUGUGAUUUCCGUUGUACAUUCAGAUAUUCAUUGGAUUAUCACAUGACAUCUCAACAUACCAAACUUUAAUAAUGUUUGAUGUGAAAACAUGUUGUGUUUCAAAUGAAACUUAAAAAUGCAGUAUACAUGUUGUUGUUUUUCCUUUUAGCAUUGAAAGGGCAUUUAAGGGCAUCAUGUGUGGCUUUCAUAAUAUUUUCAAAACAUCAUUGAAUUCUCUAGUGGUGUCUUAGCACUAAAGAAAACAAUGACUCCUGAUGAUGUAAAAACCUGUUUAUGUGUAUCAUGUAAUUUCAUAUGUACCAUUUUUAUUUAUUUAUUUGUUUAUUUUUCCUUUUCUAAAUGAAAUCAGGCAUUGAUUAUAUUUGAAAGUUCGUAUCUAUUUUCCAUUGGAAAUGUAAGGACACAUUAGAUUGUCAUAUAACAGUUCAACAGUCAACAUAAGUUAUAGCUGAUAAUAUAUAAACCUGUUAUUGUGUUUCUGCUUAUAUCAAUUAUGCCUGUUUUAAAUCGCAUCAAACAUUGAUUUGUUUACCUAUUAUACAGGCAGAUAAUUCAUUGUAAUCAAGGAAAAAGUGCUUUAGCUUUUAAUACUAACAUUGAACAGUGAUGCAUUUGUAAUGGAAUAAAAUGUUACUAAUUAAAUUAAAAAUAACUCGCAUAUAGUGUAAUUGAAUUAAAUGGAUAAAUUGGGAUUUUCUGCAGCAAAGGCUAUCAUCCACAAAAUACUAUAAUAAUUGUUGAUGUGUUUUGAAAACGUUUUUACCUUUUUUAAUGUUAGGUUUAUAUUUGACAGAUUUCAAAAAAGAAUUGUGGGUGGAUAUGUCAAACAAGUACUUCAUUGAUUUCGUAAUUUUAUUAUUAUUAUAAUAUACAUUGUUAAAAUCAGAGCGUUUUUAUCUGCAUCUUGUAAUGUUGCUUCAUCUGCAGGGCAAUGUAUUUCUGUCUGUCUAACUUUUGCAUUUUAUUAAUAUUGACUCGUGUAAUAAU